AUGAGCCGCCAAUUUAGCUCUCAGUCAGCAUUUAGCUCCAGGAGCAAGCGGUUCUAUAGCACAGGCUCUUCUGCAGGCUCUGGCGGUGGGAGUCGGGCUGUGGGGUCUGUGUGUCAGGUCCGAGGCAGGUGUGGUGGUGGUGGUGGUGGCGGGUAUGGGAGCCAUGCCAGGGGGUUUGGUUCUAGGAGCCUCUACAACCUGGGAGGCAGUAAAAGCAUCUCUAUUAGCUUAGUGGGAAGAAGUGCCAGUGGUUUCUGCCAGGGUGGGGGCGCAGGAGGGAGAUUUGGAGGAGGGGGCAGAAGUUUUGGGGGAGGUGGCUUUGGAGGUGGUGGCUUUGGGGGUGGUGGCUUUGGAGGUGGUGGCUAUGGAGGAGGUGGUUUGGGGGGUAGCAAUUUUGGGCUUGGGGGCUUUGGUCCUUCCUGUCCCCCAGGGGGCAUCCAAGAGGUGACUAUUAACCAGAGCCUCCUUCAGCCACUUCACUUGGAGGUGGACCCUGAAAUUCAGAGAGUCAAGACCCAGGAGAGGGAGCAGAUUAUGGUCCUCAACAACAAGUUUGCUUCCUUCAUUGACAAGGUGCGAUUCCUGGAGCAGCAGAAUCAGGUGCUGCAAACGAAGUGGGAGCUGCUGCAGCAGGUAAACACCUCUACUCGGACCAAUAACCUGGAGCCCAUCUUGGAGAACUACAUCAGUGAGCUUCGGAGGCAGGUGGAUUUCCUCAAUGCCGAGCAGAUGCGCCAGAACAGUGAAGUUAAGAACAUGCAGGAUGUGGUGGAGGACUACAAGAACAAAUACGAGGAAGAGAUCAACCGGAGGGCCAACACUGAAAAUGACUUUGUCGUCCUGAAGAAGGAUGUGGAUGCUGCUUACAUGAGCAAGGUAGACCUGGAGUCCAAGGUGAAUGUCCUCUUUGGAGAGAUCAGUUUCCUGAAGUAUUUAUUUGAGAUGGAGCUGUCCCAGAUGCAAACCCAUAUCAGCGACACCAAUGUCAUCUUGUCUAUGGACAAUAACCGCUUCCUGGACCUGGAUAGCAUCAUCGAUGCAGUGAGGACCCAGUAUGAGCUAAUUGCACAGAAGAGCAAGGAUGAGGCUGAGGCGCUGUACCAGACCAAGUACCAGGAGCUCCAGAUCUCGGCGGGAAGACACGGAGACGAGCUGAAGAACAGCAAGAUGGAGAUCACUGAGCUCAACCGCACCAUCCAGAGGCUACAGGCAGAGAUCGGCAACGUCAAGAAGCAGAUUGAGCAGAUGCAUGUGGUCAUUUCGGAUGCAGAGGAGAGAGGAGAGCAGGCCCUUCAGGAUGCACGGCAGAAGCUUGGGGACCUGGAGGACGCCCUGCAGCAGUCCAAGGAGGAGCUGGCGCGGCUACUGCGUGACUACCAGGCACUGCUGGGGGCCAAGCUGUCCCUGGACGUGGAGAUUGCCACCUACCGCAAGCUGCUGGAGGGCGAGGAGAGCAGGAUGUGUGGGGAGCUGCAGAGCCAUGUGAGCAUCUCUGUGCAGAGCAGCCAGACGACCGUCAGCGGCGGGGGCGGCGGGGGCGGCGGCAGCCGUGGCUCUGGAGGCUACGGUGGCGGCGGCUACGGGGGCUCCGGCGGCGGCGGCUCCCGUGGGAGCGGAGGCAGCUACGGCGGGGGCUCCCGAGGGGGCAGCGGAGGUGGUUACGCGGGUGGCAGCGGAGGCGGGAGCUACGGAGGAAGCAGCCGGAGCAGCAGCAAGUACGCGGGCAGAGGAGGCGGCGGCUCCUCCCGCGUGCAGAUCAUCCAGACCUCCACCAACACCUCCCACAGGCGGAUCCUGGAGUAG